GGUCGUGAUAGUCGGGACGGGUCGUUAAGGGGGAGGUCAUGAUGUCCGGGGCGGGUUGCGGGCCGUGGCUGCGUCCAGUGAGCCCGCAGCUUGGAUCCUCUCGGUCUCCUCGUGGCCUCGGCCGCAGAAGUGGCGUUUCCAGUCCCUGUGACCACCAGUGCUGAUGUCCAUAAUCCCUGCUUCCAACAAUAAUAUUUCGACUUACCUGUGCGUGUGCGUGCUGGUGAAGACACCUAAUGGUUGUUAUUAAGCAGAAGCAGGAGCAGGCGAUGAGGCCUUCUGGGACACAAGGGAACACUGCUGUUUCAUAGUCAGCUCACCGCCCGCCAGGAUGCCUCCGUCAUUCCCUGCAAAGCUCCCCUCCAGCAGGCCCCUGAUCAGGAGGAGGAGGUUGAUGAGGCUUUCCAUAAGCAACUGGAUGUAGCGUCACGUUCCCAGGUGCUGGUGCUUAUGGGAGACUUCAAUUAUCCAGAUGUUUGCUGGACGACCAACAUGGCCAGGCACGCGCAGUCCAGACGGUUCCUGCAGUGUGUUGAAGACAACUUUCUGAUGCAGGUGGUGGAGGAACCGACGCGGGGAGGGGUGUUACUGGACCUUAUUCUCACCAACAAGGAAGGACUUGUUAAGGAAGUAAAGGUUGGGGGCAGCUUGGGUUGUAGUGAUCAUGAGAUGGUGGAGUUCAAGAUCCUGAGUGGAAGAAGCAAAGCAAAAAGUAGGAUUGCUACCCUAGACUUUAGGAGAGCCAACUUCGAUCUCUUCUGGGACCUACUUGGAGCUAUCCCGUGGGCUAGGGUGUUAGAAGGUAAGAGGGCCUCUGAGAGCUGGUCAGCAUUUAAACCACUCUUCUUCCAAGCUCAGGAUCAGUGCAUCCCUGUGAGCAAGAAAUUGGGAAAAAGAGGCAAGAGACCUGUGUGGAUGAGCAAGGAGCUCAUGCGCAAGCUCAAAGGAAAGAAGAAGGUCCAUGAAAUGUGGAAAAAGGGUCUGACCACUUGGGAAGAAUAUAGGAAUGUAGUCACGGCCUGCAGAGAUGCGACGAGAAAGGCUAAAGCCUGCCUGGAAUUGAAUCUGGCUAAAGUGAUAAAGGAUAAUAAAAAAGGCUUCUUCAAGUAUGCUAACAGCAAAAGGAAAACCAAAGAGAAUGUGGGCCCCUUACUAAGUGAGGGAGCGGUUCUGGUAACGGGGGAUGCUGAGAAGGCAGAGAUACUGAGUGCCUUCUUCACUUCUGUUUUCAGUGAAAAGGCUCUCCCUCAGGUUUCCCACACCCUGGAGGAUAGUGAGAGGGUCUGGGGAAUGGGAGACUUCCCUUUAGUCAGGGAAGAGGUGGUCCAUGAGCGCCUAGGCAGUACUAAGGUCCACAAGUCCAUGGGACCUGAGGGGUGCAUCCAUGUGUGCUGA